AUGGCGUCCCUGGUACAAAAGAUAUCUCUGAUGGUGCUUCUCCUGACCGGCUUCGUCUGGCUUUCUGAAGGUGAGGUCUGCAGGGAGUGCACGAAAUGUCCCCAAUAUUGGAUGGAGAUCGGAGAAUAUUGCUACCAGUACUUCGGCAAUAAAAUGAAAUUUCACGACGCUGAGAACAUUUGUAAUCGAAUUGGAGGAGACCUGCCAAGCAUCCGAAACGAGGAGGAAGGUAACACCAUCUACCAGCUAUGGAAGGGACUCGUUAAUAAUCCCACUAAAAUGGACUACGCCUACUGGAUUGGUCUGCGUGAUACCCACCAGGAAAAAAAGUUUGAAUGGACAGAUGGCACCCCUCUACAAUACAAUAACUGGAAGCAUGGAGAGCCCAACAACUGGGAAAACGAGGACUGUGUUGAAAUCCGCAAUGCUGGCAACAAUGACUACGAACGACAGCGCUGGAAUGAUAGGGGGUGCAAUCACGAUCGAGCCUUCUUCUGCCGCAAGCCGCUCAACUGA